AUGACUCGAACCUGGGCAAUGAACGAGUUCUGCAAACGUCGACCUCCGACUUUUCACGGAGAUACCAAUCCUGUCGUGGCCGAGACAUGGCUAAACGAGGUCAAAAUGAUCCUUAGAACCUUAGGGAUCACCCAAGAUGGAAGUCGUGUGGCCUUGACCACAUACCAGCUGAAGGGAGAAGUCCGCUACUGGUGGGAUCUAAUGGAGGUAACCCAUGCCAUAGCCACCAUGACCUUUGCCGAGUUCGAGACCCUGUUUCUCGACAAGUACUUCCCCACACCCCUUCGUCUGGCCAAGGAACAAGAGUUCCUAAAUUUGAAACAGGGAACGAUGAUCGUUACCCAAUAUGCAGCCAAAUUCAAGGAAUUGUCUCGUUACGCCCAAACGGCCGUUGCAACUGAGGAUAAGAAGGCGAGAAGGUUUGAGUGGGGACUGACAACCGCUAGAAGGGCUGUGGUAGCUUAG